AUGUCAAAGGGACGACAUGCACUGGUGAUUAUGCUGGGCAAUGAAGCCACGUUGGAGCUUGAAGAAAAGGGCAUGGAAGAUCAUCUUCUUACAGCAUCACAUUCGGAAGACAGCAAAUCAAUGAAGUACAAAAGCUUUAAGGACAGCCAGAGCUUGGAUGCAGCUUUAAUGGUGAACGUGCCCCAGGAAUUUCAUGAAGUUGUUCUUAGAGAAAAUAAUCAAACGUCAAAAUACCAAGGUCUGAAUGGGUUUUUCACUUUAGAAACAGACCGCAAAGAAGGGAAAGACAACCUCCAUUCUCGACAGAUCCCUGAGCACGCAACUCAUAAAUAUGACAUGGAUGAGAAGAGCAUGUGUACAGGUAAUGACUACUGGAGACCAGAAAGCAGCUUAAGCAGCUUUGCAGAUGAAACUGUUGUUGAAGAUAUUGUACUAAAGGCCCAGACUAAGUACAGCAACCAUAUCAUAGACCGCUGCACUUCUCCAAGAUAUGUUAGUCAAAGAGUGACUGAAAAUUGCACUGGAAGACCUUUUUCUGCCAACUCUCUGCAUAGAAUAUCUGGACCUUUGAACCUUUCAAGGCCCAGCACUGCCAGAGAAAGACCGAUGUCCAGGGCUGCUUUAGAGAUCUUAGAGAUAGAAUCUAUUGGCUCAGCAGACAGACAUGACCAUCUGUUUGAAGUUGAAAAUGAAAGAGAGACUUUAGCUAUCCUGGAAAAAGAGUUGAAUGCUUUAAAAUCAAAUGAGUAA